UUGCAUCUGCCUCGAGUCCUCGCGGUUCAUGGAGCUUGAAAUUAGCUUAAUUGGCACACACUAAAUCAUCCGAUUGCGUUGGUUGGGUAUUCCAAAAAGAAAAUACGCGAGUUUCAAUUAAACGAACGAAUCAACGCGAAGAUCUCCGGCAUCUAAACGUUUAUCAGCGUCGAAAGGGAAAUCCUGCGGUUCCAGCGUGAGAGCUUCCGGUCGCUAACAAUGUCCACGAACAACAUUCAGGCAAUGUUGAUGUUGGCGGUGCCGUUCCUGCUCGGCAGCGUGUCGUCGCAGUGUCUGACAGCGAACGACUUCCCGGGAGUGGGCAAUCCCGGGGCGAAGAACUCCUUGCCGGCAGCGCGAUUCAAAUUCGCGUUGGACACCCUGAAGAAGACCGCGAUGAUCGAGACGCAGGACAACAUUUUCUACAGUCCGCACAGCCUCUACCAGGCCCUUAGAUUGGCGUAUUUUGGGGCCCGCGGCACCACCGAGCAGUCCCUGAAGAAGGCCUUGCACAUCCCGAACGAUCUGUCCAAGGUCGACGUGCAACGAUUCUACUCGACCGAGAAUUACGACAGGCUUCUCGCUCAGGCGAAUGCCACUGAUUACGAGUACUCAUCGGCGAAUCGGCUGUGGAUAUCCGACAAGAGGAAAGUCCGCGAUUGUAUCUUGGACUUCGUCGGCGAUCAGCUGGAAAAAACCGAUUUCCAUACUAAUCCAGUUGCCGUUCGUAAUAACAUCAACGAGUGGGUCAGCAACAUGACGAAAGGACACAUCAAGGACCUUCUACCUCCGAACAGCAUUGGCGAAGACACGGAUUUGGUGCUGGCGAACGCAGUAUACUUCAAGGGGCUCUGGCAGAGUCAAUUCGAACCAGCCAAUUCGAAGAAGGAUCUGUUCUAUAGUUCCGGAUCGCAAAAUUCCAUGGUCACGUUCAUGCACCAGAAGGGGACCUUUAACCAUCUGAUCUCGGAGCUUCUCGGCGCGCACAUCCUGGAGCUUCCUUACAAAGGCGACCGGAUCUCCAUGUUCGUGAUGCUGCCGCCUUUCGUGCAAGCCAGAGCGUCCGGCACCGAUCGCGACGGCAUACGAGUCCUGAUCGAUCAUCUCUCUACCGACGAAGGAUCCGCGGAGCUCCGCGACAUCCUGGACUACGGUGUUCCUCCUCGAGACGUCGAGGUCCUCUUGCCCCGGUUCGAGGUCGACAAAGAGCUCCCGCUGGGAACUCUGCUGCAUUCGUUGGGCGCGGGCGAGUUGAUGGCGCCGAAUUCGGCCGAUUUGCGGGGCUUCGUCGAGGACGGCGAGAAACCGCUGCACCUCGGCGACGCUGUGCACCGUGCGCGCAUCGAAGUCACCGAGGAAGGCACCACUGCAGCGGCUGCGACCGCCCUCUUCACGUUCCGCUCGGGCAGGCCGCUGCAACCGGCCGUCUUCAACGCGAACCACCCCUUCGUCUACUUCAUCUACGACAGGCAAGCGAAGGACAUCCUGUUCUGCGGCGUCUACCGGACGCCCAGUCCGGCGAAGAACACCGCGUAGACGUCCGCUCGAGGACUAUUCUCUUCAGGACUGGUCCUUAAUUCUCUUCCUUGUUCUGCUCGGAGCGAGAGCACCAAGGACAUCCGUGCGAACGUAUUUAAGUGACUACUCUUAGUUAGUUGUCCGUAGAAACUAGCUGCACCUAGUUUCCCGUUAAAACGAUAGCACGCUGCGUUGGGGUAAGUUUACUUUGGAACUGCAAUAAACGAUAAUUCCGUCGACGAGAGCAUCUCGCGAUUCUCUCCAGAAAUUCAACGCCGAGGAACCUUGAACGACUGAAAUUCGAAUAUUACAAGCGCAACUCCAUUGUAAACGAAUUAAGGGAAAGACAUACGUCGCAGCUUUUACUGCCGCCACGAUCGACGCUGUCGCAGCUUUUAUCGCAGCUCUAAUAUAAACGCGCCCUAAUCGUGUUCCGUUGUCGAGACUACGGGCCACGUUUGUUCUAAGCGUGUCAAGGAGCAAGGAUAACAAAUUUGGACAGUUCGAUUCGAUUGAAUUCUUGAAGAUGCGUGCGAAGCGAUCGAGCCUCGCGAUUCGAUGAAUUUACGCGCUUUUGCAGGCUUGCGAGCCAUGAUACGCUUGUAUCUGGAAAACGAACAAUUUUGGAAAGGACCAGAAAAAUGUAUACGUUGUUCGUGUUUGGUUAAAAAGCAUUGUUGUAAUUUAUUUUAAGAAAACUGAGACCAAUUUACCGUUUUUCCUUUUUUUUUAAGUAUCGUAGUUUUACGCGACAUAUGUAAAACUAUUAUUAUUUCUUAGUGUUUGUACUACCGUUUUGUGUGCGUGAAUGAGCAUUAAGGUUUUCCGAGCUAACGCGUUUCUUUCUUAUCUUCUACUCAUUUUUCAAUGUAUGAUUUUGAAUCGAUCAAAACGAUUGAAGAAUUUCGAACACGCACGAGCGUUAGGGAGCCAGUUUUACUUUUGUUACCGAAGACUUAUUUAUUGAUCACGAACAAAUUAAACAUGACUGUAUCGUGAGCAUUGAAAACAAAUAAUUAAAUGAUGAAUACAAAGAACCAAAGGAGCAUUAUACUUUACACCGUUGGGCUUUUAUAAAAUACAAAUGACUUUUAUAAAUUUGAAAUAAACGAUGUAACGAUGCCAGUGAUAUAUUAGCAAGCUUUUAAAGAAUUUUAAUACAAAGAGCAUGUAUUUUACGUUAUCGAAAGUGAUUUCUGAAUUAUCCAGGCAAUCCAAAAUGUUCCAAAAUGUUCUAUUAAAUUUUGAUAAGACUAUGUUUUCAAUUAUAUCAUUUAUAUAUUUCACUGAGAUCUUUAUUGUUGCAUAUACGAAUUCAAAGACAAUUGAAACAAUACCUAGACUAAGCAUAUACGUACUUUGCAAUUAUUAGUGCAGGAAUGUCUACAAUAGCAAUCACUGAUGUAUCUGAUUAGUCAGCUAAUGGCAAUGAACUCACUAAUGAUGGGAUUUGGGACCAUUUUUACCAUCCCUUUCAAACAUGUAAUCUAAUGUUAAGUUCUUAUCAUUUAGCAGUCAAUCUAAAUUGUUAUCAAUUUUGAUUUACGGAGCAACAUAUUCCAAAAUAUUUGUUUAAAUGAAAAUCAAAUGCCGUACAAAAUUAAUGAAAAUUGAAGGUGAAUUAUUCUAGCGCGUACCAGUGUAAAUAUUGGAUCAGUAGUCGAUCUUAAAUAGAAAAAGAGGGAGUAUGAAACUUAUGGAAGAGGGGGGGGGGGCUACGUCACGUCGCAGCGUUGACGCAAACGUAUUGAUGGGACGCGCGUCUCAUUGUUGUCACCCGCCGCUCCGGAACGUGGUUCUUUCUUAUCUUUCGUAUCUUUAUUUCAGUCUUGCAACCAUGGAAUUUGCACUUUGUUUACAAUUUCCUUAUCUUGCACAUGGCUAUCUUGUGUCACGCAUUGUUUCUUUAUUCUCUCUCUCUCUCUCUCUCUCUCUCUCUCUCUCUUUCUCUCUCUUUCUCUCUCACUCUUUUUCAGUCUCACCAGUGAGAACUUAAAGUCUAAAACCUAUUAAAUUAUAUUCUAUUAUAAUUAAAAUACACGUAUUUUUCAUGAA